AUUAUGUCGGGUUGUGUAACUAGUGCUUCCGAAUUGAUAAUUGACGGAUACGUAAUGGAACACAUAAAAGAUUGCACUGAAACUUAGGUGAAUCGAGUUUUGAAAAAAGACAGACAAUCACAGUUGCUGAGUUACGUAGCUUUCUAGGAAUUCUAUAUGCCGGAGGCGCAUAUGAAGCGAGAUCAUUAAAAGCUUCCGGAAGAUUACAAACAGAUAAAUUUGCGCUGAUAUCCGAAAUAUGGAGCAGAUUUAGAAGCAAUAGCCAGGCUUGUUAUAAGUCAUAUGAAAAUAUCUCAAUAGAUGAACAAUUAUUUCUAACGGAAGCUCGAUGCAGGUUUACGCAAUAUAUGCCGAAGAAGUCUCAUAAAUUUGGCAUUAAGUUUUGGUUUGCAGUUGACGUCCAAACAAAAUAUAUUUGAAUGGUUUCCUUUAUAUGGGGAAAGAUGAAACCCGAUGCUCAAGGGAAAAAAGGACAAGAUGACUUUGUUUUCCUCAAAUUUAUAUAAAUCAGAAAAAUUCACGCUUACUGUGUAUAAAAGUAAACCUAACGUAAAAGUCCUUCUUCUAAGCACCAAACAUACAGGUAUACAAGUAGAAGACAAUUAUAAACGUGUUUCAGAAACCAUUGCUUUUUAUAAUAAAACAAAGUUUGCAAUCAUGAGUAAAUCCAGGAGAUAUAAUAAGAUAUUGAACAAAAUUGCCAACAUCAACGAAGAUUGUUCUGAGGAUACCUCCGAAGAAGAUCAAUAUGAUUUAGGCCAAAUCGAAGCUGACAGUGAAAGUUCUGAAUAUACUGAAAGUGGAGGGAUAAAGGGAUCUUUGGAUAGUGAAGAGGCAAACUUCUUGAAAGUGUGUCGUAACAAGAAAAGGAUGCGUAUUUUUUCUAGUUCUGACUCCGAGGAUGAAAGGUCGAGCAUUCCAAACACAUCCCAAAAUGUAAUGGGUGAAAUUAAAAUUGCAAUUGACCGGACACAGUGGAUAAAACUGAAAGCAGGCGGAUCUAGGGGUAGGACGCCCGUUCGUAUGAUAUUCAAGGAUAUCGCAGGGUCUACUGGUUAUACUAAGAGAAAUAUUAUGUCGGGUUAUGUAACUAGUGUUUUCGAAUUGAUAAUUGACAGACACAUAAUGGAACACAUAAAAGGUUGCACUGAAACCGAGGUGCAUCGAGUUUUGAAAAACGACAGACAAUCACAGUUGCUGAGUUACGUAGCUUUCUAGGAAUUCCAUAUGCCUGGGGCGCAUAUGAAGCGAGAUCAUUGAAAGCCUCCGGAAGAUUACAAACAGAUAAAUUUGCGCUGAUAUCCGAAAUAUGGAACAGAUUUAUAAGCAAUAGCCAGGCUUGUUACAAGCCAUAUGAAAAUAUCUCAAUAGAUGAACAAUUAUUUCCAACGGAAGCCCGAUGCAGAUUUACGCAAUAUAUGCCGAAUAAGUCUCAUAAAUUUGGCAUUAAGUUUUGGUUUGCAGUUGACGUUCAAACAAAAUAUAUUUUGAAUGGUUUCCUUUAUAUGGGGAAAGAUGAAACUCGAUGCUCAAGGGAAAAAAGGACAAGAUGACUUUGUUUUCCUCAAAUUUAUAUAAAUCAGAAAAAUCCACGCUUACUGUGUAUAAAAGUAAACCUAACGUAAAAGUGCUUCUUCUAAGCAACAAACAUACAGGUAUACAAGUAGAAGACAAUUAUAAACGUGUUCCAGAAACCAUCGCUUUUUAUAAUAAAACAAAGUUUGGUGUGGA